ACCACCACCGCCAUGAGCGGCAGCGACAACAGCACCAGCAGCAGCGACGGCGGCGCCAUGAUGGACGCGCACAACGCAGCCGUCGCGCGCAUCGCCGCGCAGGUCCAGUCCUUCCACGCGCAGCAAAAGGCCUUCCGCAUCUACCACGGCUCGACCAACAGCACGCGGCACUCCCCCCGUCGCGCCGACAACACCAUCGACACGAGCCGGCUCGACCGGGUGCUGCGCGUCGACACCGCAACGCGCACCGCCCUCGUCGAGCCCAACGUGCCCAUGGACGCGCUCGUCGCCGCCACGCUCCCGCACGGGCUCGUCCCCCCCGUCGUCAUGGAGCUGCCCGGCAUCACCGUCGGGGGCGGCUUCUCCGGCACGUCCGGCGAGAGCAGCUCCUUUCGCCACGGCGCCUUUGACGCGACGGUGCGCUCCAUCGAGAUGGUGACGCCCGACGGCACCGUCGCGCGCGCCAGCAAGACGGAGCGGCAGGACCUGUUCUGGGGCGCGGCCUCGGCGUUUGGCACCCUCGGCGUCGUGACGCUGCUCGAGGUCGAGCUGCGCCCCGCGUGCAGGUAUGUUCGCUUGACGUACUCGCUGGCUCGCGGCGGCGCGGCCGAGACGGUGCGCGUCAUGGGUGAGGCGUGCGCGCGGGAGGAUGUCGACUACGUGGAUGGCAUCGCGUUCAAUGCGGACGAGACGGUCGUGUGCGUGGGACGCCUCACCGACGAGGUGCAUCGCGAGGAGGAUGGCGGUACGACCAAGAUUCGGCGGUUCACGCGCCGGCACGACCCGUGGUUUUAUAUCCGCGCGCGCGUCGUGCUCGAGACGCUCCGCAAGAAGGAAAAGGAGCAGCAGAAGCAGCAGCAGCAGCAGUCGCCGCCGCCAGAAACUGCCGUCGUCGUCGUCGACACCAUCCCGCUCCAAGACUACCUCUUCCGCUACGACCGCGGCGGCUUCUGGGUCGCCCGCUACGCCUUCCGCUACUUCCUCACGCCCUUCAACCGCGCGACGCGCUUCCUGCUGGACCGCUACAUGCACGCGCGCGUCAUGUACCGCGCGCUGCACAAGAGCGGCCUCGGCGACUACUACAUGGUCCAGGACGUGGGCGUGCCGUACGACCGCGCCGCCGAGUUCCAGGAGUGGCUCGACGGCGCCCUCGCCAUCUACCCGCUCUGGCUGUGCCCCCUGCGCGUCCGCCGCGAGGGCGGCGACUCGGCCGCCCACGGCCUGCACGCCGAAUUCGCCGACCCGGCGCGCGCGGCCGACCUCAUGAACUUUGGCGUCUGGGGGCCUCUGAGCAGUGGCGGCGGCACCAAAGCCACGCAGCGCUGGGGAGGCGGUGGCAUCGAGCAUCGCCGCUCCGUCGUGCGCCAGAACCGCGCCCUCGAGCAAAAGGUGCACGAGCUCGGCGGCAAGAAGUGGCUCUACGCGCACGCCUACUACACCGAGGAGGAGUUCUGGGCGCACUACGACCGCGGCUCGUACGACGCGCUGCGCGAGCGCUACGGCGCGGGCUACCUGCCGAGCGUGUACGACAAGGUGCGCGUCGACGUCGACGCCGAGGAGGCGGCCGUCAACGCCACCUGGCGGACGCGCGCCAAGGCCCGGGUCAAGGGCGUGUGGCCGCUGCGCGGGCUGUACGGCUUCGCGGCCGCGGCGGUGGGCGCCGAGUACCUGCUGCAGAAGGGCGAGAAGACGAAGACGACGAAGAAGGACACGAAGACGGAGGCGAAGAGGAAGGAGGAAAAGGAGGGGGAGAAGGGGAAUGAGGAGGGGAAAGGGCAUGAUGGCGACAUUAACAAGGUAAAGGCGCCGACGCAGGCGACGGCGGGCGAGGGGCAGAGGAGCGAGCAAGAGCCGGUGGGGGAGAAGAAGGAGUAGAACGUGCUGUGGAAGAGUAUAAAGCAGCGCUCAUGGUAUUGGAAAUCUUGACAUAGCGAGCGUGUCAACAUGUCGAUGGAUGGGGCAGAGUAGGGAAAGAACGGGCCGCGGUGUGUCGGGUCACUGUCGGUCACAAGAUCAAGACGCCCUUUGCUUGUCUGCAGGAUAGCCGUCGUGUUAACGACCGUCACCACCAGACGUCAUGUACAAAGAGCAAAAGCAGUCAGCGACCGAGGCUGAUAUGGAAAAAACGCCCAAAGAUGCGACCAGUUUCUUUUCUUUCACAUCAAACCUUCCUUGUCCUCGUCCCUCGUCCUCCUUCUCUGCUUUCGUUUCCUUUCCACCCUCACUUAUACCCUUUUCCCAACCAUUACCAUCACCACCACCACCACCCCGCCCCCCUCACGCACUCACUCACUCACUCACUCAGACCGAAAAGACCCAAACUCAGACUUCCUGCGGCCGCUCAGCCGCGCCAGCGUCGCCGACUCCUUGUCCUCGAGCCUCUUGGCCAGCCUGCCGGCGGCCUCCUCCACCGCGGCGGGGCUGACCUCCCUGCCGACGCCGCCGACGCCGCCGACGCCCACGGCCGUCUCCGUCUCGGGCGGCAGGGCGGGCAUGCCGGAGGGCUUGUCGGUGGGGCCGCCGCCGGUGAGGUAGGCGUAGGCGCCGAGGAGGAGGAGGGCGGCGCCUCCGAAGGGGACCCUUUUUUGGGGCAGUGUUAGUUGCGUGUGUGUUAGAGAGUAAGGGACUUUCUUGUGUGUGUGAGAAAAGGGGAUCUGGUGUUGUAUAUGGUCAUGUGUAUGCGUGUGUGCUGCGUAGAGAGCUCUCUGGCGGUGAGGAGGAGGAGGCGGCGAUCAUUCUCAUCAAACUAACGCGGGAGAGGAGAAGGCGAGGAUACUUGCGGACUACGUACCAGUUCCUGCGAAGCGCAUCGGUCCCGCUGGGCUUCUGCGGCGGGGGCUGCUGUCCGCCCGGCCCGCCGAGGUCGUCCUUUACGCCGCGGACCUGCUGAGCCUGGUGAGGAUGCGGCCCAGUCGGCGCCGCCGUCGCCGGUGACAGCACGGGCCGGCCGCCGGGUGGGGCCGUGGUGCGGCGCCCGGCGGCGGCAGCGCGGGGCAAACUGCCGCUGAAUGCUCUAGGGAAGGGCAUGGCCUUUGCUAUUCAGACGAGCGGGGAAUCAAUUAAUA